UGUGAUCCUGGUUUCUAUGGAGCCGACUGCAAGUCAAAGUGUUCAAGAAAUUGUUCUUCAGCCGGUCAUAUUUGUGACGUCAUUAAUGGAAGCUGUUUUGGCUGUAAUCCUGGUGUCUAUGGUGACAAAUGUAUCACGCCCUGUCCACCAAACUGCAAAGAUUCAGUUUGCAGCAUUAAGACUGGAAACUGUUUUAGUUGUAAAUCUGGAUUUUAUGGCAGUGAGUGUUUCAUUCCGUGUUCCAAUAGUUGUAAGGAAGCUGCAUGUGAAAUCAAUUCUGGAAACUGUACCAAAUGCAACUCUGGUUUUUAUGGCGCUAAUUGUAUGAUAUCUUGUCCCACCAAUUGUAAAAAUUCCGACUGUGAUAUCAACUCUGGUAACUGUACAAGCUGUCAGGCUGGAUUCCAAGGUGAUCGUUGUGUUGAGGGUAAGUGAAAAUACUAUGAUUGUAAAAGAAAUAAAUCUCUUCAACAACAUAUUUUAUCAUAAUUUUCCCAAUAGAGGCCUUUUUUACUUUUUAACUCUAAUAAAUCAACAAAAAAAUAUUUCCUUUACGAAUUUUCAUUGAUAUAUUUAAAUAAUUCUUUUAUUUUUUAAUUUAAAAUUACAUACCCUGUUUUAUGCAAAGUUUUCUUUUUUAUUUAAAAAAAAAAAAAUUAUGUAUUUUUUAAACAAUUGUAAUUCUUAUAUAAACAGUUUUGUUACAUUUUUGCUCUUUUAUACUGUUAAGUUUUGGAUUAUUAUUAAAAUUUUAAUUGCUCAAUAAUGAGGGAAUCGAUUUUUUUUUCUCUGCGCAAUAUCAAAUUGAAAAUAUAAUAAUUAUAAUAAAUAUCCAAAAGAAAGAUAUUUAUUAUAAUUAUUUUCUUUUGGCAAAAGUUAUUCUGAUUAUUAUAACUGGUGAUAUCAAUUUCAUUGACUGUCUCAUAAUUCUAGCAUGUAGUAACUACACGCAUGGAGAAAGUUGUAAAUUCAUUUGUAGUCAAAACUGUAAAUCAAAUUUUACUGGCUCUCGAGUCUGUGACAGUGCCAAUGGCCAUUGUUUGAAUGGAUGCAGGAGUGGAUAUGACGGACUUGAUUGUUUAAAAUGUAAGUUAAUGAAUUAUUAUUUCCUA